AUGAAGCUUCUUCUUGUCUUGCUGGAAGAAAUACCAAAGUCAGGUUUUCCGGGGCCUUCAUCAAAGGAAGAGAUCAGCGGGCCGGUCAACAGAUCUGUAUUCGGCUGGUUGAACCCUUUAUUCCUCCUAGGUUCCAGGGACACAUUACAUGUUGAAGAUCUCGGAAACAUCGAUCGCAAGUUUGACUCCGCUCGGCUGCUGUCUAAGCUGAGCUCCUCGUGGGAUAGCAGCAAUAGAUCUGCCAAACAUGCCUUGCUCAAAUCCACGCUCUCCGCUUUCAGAACGGGUUACCUGGCCCCGAUUCUUCCGCGAUUGUGUCUGGCAGCUUUCAACUUUUCCCAACCCUUUCUGAUUAAGAGCAUCAUUGAGUUCGUGGGGGAGUCUAGAGACAUGCAGUCUCGCGAAGUUGCAGGAGGACUUAUUGGAGCUGCUUUGUUGGUUUAUUUGGGGCUAGCAAUCUCCAAAGGCGUUUACAACCAUGCCGUGUACCAACUCACGACCACGCUUCGAGGCGGACUGGUUUCUAUCAUCUUUAGGAAGUCACUUAUGCUGGACGCCGCUACAGCUAGCCAAGGAAAGGCUGUUACCCUCAUGAGCACCGACAUUGACGCAAUCGCCAGUGGAGUCAAAGAUUUGCAUGAGAUAUGGGCUAGCGUGCUCGAGCUAGGCAUAGCUGUCUAUCUACUGAAUUUGCAAAUCGGCGCCGCGUGCUUUGUCGUUAUGAUUCCAGCCGUUGUUUGCAGCUUUAUCACAGAGAGGGCCACUGAUGGCAUUGGUCCUGCCAGGAUGAUGUGGAACGAGGGUGUCCAGGAACGCGUUUCCACAACUUCUUCAAUGCUUUCUCAGAUCAAGGGUAUCAAGAUGAUGGGUCUCACUGACUACUUCGCUACUAUGGUACAGCAACUCAGGGUUGCGGAACUUGACAUGUCUAAGAAGUUCAGGAUGUUUAUCGUGCGGAUCAUUCUCAUUUCGAAUCUCUCAGAUCAGAUGACCCCGGCCGUGGUCGUGACGGCUGCAGUCUUCUGGACCCGGGCGGAUGGCUUCACCAUAUCCCAGGCCUUUACAUCUCUCGCCAUUGUGGCCUUGGUGUCUACACCCCUGGCUAACCUCAUUGGCUCUUACCCAACUUUUGUGUCCUCUCUCGCCUGUUUCGAUCGCAUCCAAGAGUUCCUCUCACAAGACGAGCGCAUACCAGAAAAAGUGCAAGACACUGACGCCGCUGAGAGAAAGACUUCCGUGAGCACAGGUUCUAUCCCUGAUACCAUGUCGCACACGACCUCAAAACACCGCGCCAUAGAGAUGAAGGAGAUGCAUGCUCAACAACCUUCAGAGAAGUCCGGCGUUGCUAUUAGUCUCGAGAACGUAGCUGUCGGCGUUGAGGGAAAAGACGAGCCGAUCCUUCGAGACAUCACGCUGUCCAUUCCCAGAGCCAAAUACACAGAAGUCACUGGCGUCGUGGGAUGUGGAAAGUCCACCUUACUGAAGACCAUUCUUGGAGAACUUCCUUUGAAUGGUGGUAGUAUUCGAUUUUUAAAGCCCAACAUGUCGAUUUCUUUCUGUGAACAGUCAGCUUGGCUGCAGAAUAUUUCUAUCAAGGACAACAUUGUUGGCCAAGAGCGAUUUGAUGACGAGUGGUACGGACGUGUUCUUUUCGCCUGCGACCUAAAGCAAGAUAUUUCUAGACUGCCAAAAGGAGACGACACACUUGUUGGUAGCGGAGGAAUUACACUCAGUGGUGGACAGAAGCAAAGAGUUGCGCUUGCGAGAGCUGUCUUUGCGAGACGGUCUAUCGUUCUUCUAGAUGACCCUUUUAGUGCUCUCGAUGCUGAGACCCGAACGAAAGUUUUCAGCCGCCUACUUGGUGAGGAGGGUCUUCUGCGGAAAGGCGAUACCACUGUCAUCCACGCCAUCCCCGCCGGUCCACGAAAGUCAAUCGCCGAUAACUGUGUACUUCUUAGUAAGACGGGGUCUGUUGAACAAGCAGGACCUUCAAUCAAUCUUGCCACGGCAUUCAAGGACGUCAACUUUGAACCUCACCCUGAAGAUAGCAUCCAACAGGAUGAAGAUGGGAAUGCGGCGACCGAGACAUCGAAGUCGAAGACAUCUGAAACCGAGGAUGACAAUGCUACUCAGAGGCAUUCGGGCGACUUCUCGCUCUACAAAUUCUACCUUCGAUCCAUAGGCCCAGCCCUAACCAUCACAUUCAUCCUUGCUGCGGCCUCAUACAUCUUUCUGGGCUUCAUGCCAAAUAUCUGGCUCAGAAUUUGGACCGAGCGCGGAACCAACGAUGGAAACCGCGGCGAUUACUUCGGCGCCUAUCUCGCAUUUUGUAUCGGAACCGUUCUGUUCUCGGGACUGGCCAUUGGGCUGUUCUUCGUCGUCGUCAUCCCCCACUCAGCCACAAGGCUUCACUGGCAACUUCUCGACUCUGUUCUCAAGGCUCCUCUGUGGUUCUUCACAACAGUGGACAGCGGCGUCACUCUCAACCGUUUCAGUCAGGACAUGACGCUUGUCGACCAGACUCUACCUACGGCCUUUUUCGAGGUUGUGCUCGACACUCUAGUUGCUAUUGCUUCUGCAGCACUUAUCGCCUCAGGUGCCCAGUACUUCGCAGCCAUCAUCCCGUUUUGUGUGUUGCCAUUGUACUUCCUGCAGAAAUUCUAUCUCAAGACGUCGCGUCAGAUGCGUCAUCUCGAUCUCGAGUCUAAGUCCCCUCUUUACACUCACUUUACUGAGACUCUCAAUGGUGUUGUGACUAUCCGUGCCUUUGGAUGGCAGCGGGAAUUCGUCAAAGAACAACUCCGUCUACUUGACAUUUCCCAGAGACCUUACUACCUCCUGUUUUGUAUUCAAAGGUGGUUAGCGAUUAUGUUGGACCUAUUCGUGGCGGUGAUCGCCACCGUUUUGGUUGCCUUCGCUGUCAAACUCACCAACACUACAAGCGGUGGUGCCAUUGGUCUAUCCAUGGUCAGUCUCAUGGGCCUGAACUCCAGCUUGUCGCGGCUGAUCAGUUCUUGGACAAACUUGGAGACUUCCCUCGGCGCAAUCGCCCGGUUGCGUGACUUUGUCCGCGAUACUCCUCAAGAAGACGGCGUCGAUACCCAGAGACUGCCUCCAGUCCCCCAAGGGUGGCCAUCUUCUGGUGCAAUCGACUUCAAGAGCAUAGACGCUAGAUACAAGACUGAUGAUGAAAAUGUGCUCCGCGAACUUUCCCUGAGCAUCAAGCCAGGCCAGAAGGUCGGCAUAUGUGGACGCACAGGAAGCGGCAAAACAUCUCUGCUUCUCACUCUGCUUCGUCUUCUCGAGACGCCUUCGGGAUCCAUCCAGGUCGACGGUAUUGAUCUCUGUUCUCUCUCGCGCAAGGCAAUCCGACCACAUUUUAUCACUCUGCCUCAAGAUCCAGUGACCAUUCCUGGGAGCGUCCGAACCAACCUUGACCCGAACGCAUCCUUCAAUGGAGUAUCAGGAGACGAAGCACUUGAGGAGGCACUGGCGAAGACCUUUCUUUGGGACGAUAUCAUCAAGUCUCGUGGUGGGUUAGACGCCGACUUCGUUGAGUUGGGUCUAUCCCACGGCCAACAGCAGCUGUUUGCUCUAGCUCGUGCCAUAUUGCACAAGGACCAGAGUAAGAUUGUUCUGUUGGAUGAAGCAACCAGCAGUGCCGAUCACGCAACCGAUAAAAAGCUUCAGGAGGUACUCAGGGAGGAGCUUGCUAGCCACACCAUUCUAGCCGUGGCGCACAGGCUCGACACCAUUGAGGACUAUGAUGUUGUAGUGGUGAUGGACAACGGUAGGAUCGUGGAGGUAGGUAAUCCGAGACAGCUUCAGGAGCAAACCGGAUCAGCCUUCCAACGUCUCUAUGCGUAUUAA